AUGUUCAGUCCAUUUUGCAAGGAUACUGCAAGGUUUGUAGGCUAUGAAAUCUGUUUCAGCGACCCCGGCGGAAGCUUUGAGACAAACACCACAGCCACCCUAGACCCAGGCGCUUCACACACGACACCUGUUCCUGUCCCUACCAAUGCCAUACCUGGGUCUAAGCCGUGUGGGAAAUGGCACAGCAUCUCCCCAGGUGACGAGUGUGGCAAGGUGGCUCUGGCGAAUGGCAUAACCCUGGAGGACUUUUACUACCUUAAUCCGAAGCUCAAUACCAAAUGCACUAAUCUGCUUCUGGAUAUUGCCUACUGUGUAGCUGCCGUGGGAGAUAUCAGCACAUACUCUGACUACCCGACUCCAAUCAGGAACGAUUUAGACUCUCCCUUAUUUUCUGUGUCUACUUCCAUUAGCAGGGUUAGCCGUUGCUAG